AUGUCCCCUUUACUGUUUGUGAUUGGGAUGGAGUAUCUAACUAGAAUUCUAGCUAAAGUGGCCAAGCAGCCUGAUUUUCAAUACCAUCCUAGAUGUGGAAGCUUACAACUAACACAUAUGUGCUUUGCAGAUGACCUACAAGUGUUUAGCAAAGGAGAAUUCAAGGCAGCUUAUCUGUUAUUAAGAGGGUUCCAAUUAUUUUCGGAGACAUCUGGUUUGAAGGCUAAUAAGUCGAAAUCUGCCAUAUAUGGAGUAGGAAUUCAGGAGGAGUUUUGGCAUCAACUGACAGAGAUAACUGGCUUUCAGCGAAGCAGGCUCCCUUUUAAAUACUUAGGGAUGUCAAUAAGCAACAAAAGAAUCUCCAAAGCUGAGUGUGAGUGUUUGGUGGAUAAAAUGGUGAAAAGGAUAAGAAUUUGGAGCUCAAGGAAUCUCUCUUAUGCAGGGAGGGGUGUCCUUAUUAACUCUAUUUUGCUUUCCAUUAAUACAUAUUGGUCUCAAAUUGUUAUUCUACCAAGAUCAGUGAUAGAUAGAAUUAAUCAGAUUUGUAGAGUAUUCUUAUGGAAGAGUGGUGAUAGUGAGGAGGGCCAUGGGAGAAUAUCCUGGGCAGAGAUCAGUAAAUCUAAACAGAGAGGGGGGCUGGGCUUUAAGGAUGUCGGGCUAUGGAAUAAGUGUGCCUUAGGGAAAUAUGUUUGGGCCAUUGCCAACAAGGAAGAUAAUAUGUGGGUGAAGUGGAUACAUACAGUGUACAUAAAACAAGAAGAUUGGUGGGAUUAUAAGGCACCUAGCACUAGUAGUUGGUAUUGGAAGCAAAUAGUAAGGGUCAAGGAUGAAUUAAAGGACAUUUAUCAACGAAUUGUUCCCAGCUGGCCAUAUUACAGUGUAGCUAAAGUGUAUAACCUGAUGAAUAGAACAAUUCUGAGAACAGAUGGAAAUUUGCUUCAAUUUGGGAUAGACUUGGACAUCCAAAGCACAAGUUUGUGGCUUGGUUGGUGUUAA